UUUGUUAUAUUGGUAAGGACAUUCAGGUGGUAACCGUUUAGUUGAUUGUGAUCACCUGAACAGACAACUAGCAGCCUGCUUUAUUGUCUUGCUUAGAUUUCGCGUCAACUAUUAUUAGGCUUCCAGAAACAUCACCCAUUUAAAACAGCUAAUAAUCGAAAUACUGCACUGAAUUGGGAAUAUGGACAUCAACGUUGAAGGACGACGGAUUUCCAUCGAUCCUGAAUGGAAUCGAUAUCGUUUGCAAGAAAAUUUACAGAAAAUUGGUUUGAGCCUGACGUCGAUUCACGCCGCAGUUGGACAGAAAAUUUCCGCCAUUGAUUCACUGGCUGUCUGCUUGAUUCAACACGCGUCGAAUCGAUACGACGGCAUCUCCAACUUGGACGAGGCUUGGGAUUCGGUGGUCUCCAGCACCGAAACCAAAGAAGAAGAUUGGAUCCGAUUUCGUGUCCAACUGGAAAAGAAACGCCAAGAGCUGCUGACACUUUCAAGCCUUGACUUGGAAAAAGUAGUUGAUGAAGUCAUCCAAGUCCUUGGCGAAUUCCAAUGGUUUCAACUAACAUCCAGUCGUAAACUCCACUUCACUCUGUUUACUGGCAAAUCGAAAAUUCAACUAGAAGAAGAGCAUGGAGACUCUUCUGCCGUGACCGAAUGUUUCAUUUGGUACGACAAAGAGGCGGAAGUUUUCAACGGCAUCGCAAAAUGGAGUCAAACAUUCGCAGAUCCUCAGGUGUACCGUCUAGCGCUUUUGUGCCAGCUGGUUCAGAGCUUAAAGAACUUUUUUCGUCUGAUGUUGAACAAAGGCAAUCCGGACGAUGACGAGCUGGUGACGCGAAUCACCUGCUGCCUCGAAAACUUGACAAAUUGCGGGAAAAAAAUCGAAGAUCACGAAGCAUUGCUGCUACAAUGGAAUUGCUCCGACGAUGGGUUGAAGAUCCUGAUGAAAGAGCUACUCAAUCCCAAUUUUGUUGAAGGUAAUAAUAGGCGAGACGAGAUUGAAAAGGAAUUAAGAAAAGAAUUCAUCGAGAGUCUGGAAAAGGCCGCGGAAGAAAUUCAAAUCGAGCGCCUCGAGUCUUACGAAAAAGCCCGUUUGGAGGCCAUUGAGAAAAAAGACGAAGCUGAGAGACAGAAACGUCGUUUGAAUUCUCAGAUUAAAGACAGCGAAAGAGAAAUUGCUGAAAUGGAACGAGAACUUGACGAAGAGCAAUCCGACACGAUGCUGGGAAGAAAUGACACACCGUCGCAGCCCCGCGCUCAGUUGAGCCUUGCAGCUAUGUUUGUACUUCAGAAAAGGGAUAACCUGCGGAGAAAGAAGGAGAAAUUGGCGUGGGAUCGAUUUCUUUCUCUAUUGGGUAAAUCACGGCCGCGAUACGAACUCGCCCGUCAACGACGUCACCAUAGACUUUUCGAUAGCCAGUACGACAACGUGACAGAUUUCGCAGAUAAAAUUCUAAACGAAUUUGCAUUGAAAGAAUCCUUUCUAAAGGAGGGAGGCGACCUAUCGAAUUUGAUGUCGUAUAUUCAACACAACACAUCUGAUGUCAAGAGCGAGAUGAUUCGCCUUUUGGAGGAGAUGGUGAAAGAACCGAUGCAGAGCACCACCAACCCGACGUGGAAAUUCGAUGGAAACGCUCUCGUCCUGAGUCAAAUUUUAGACAAAGUCAAGCCGAAGAUGCCGUUGACUUGCGAAGAGAUCCACAUCUGCGCCGCCAGUGUCAUCUACAUUGAUUGCGACUGGGUCGUACCUGGCAUCAGUCUGGCCAUUUCGGCGCCUCGCAUUGAAACAGUUGGACUAGAGAAACGAGCCAUCGACACGUCGGGUCGUCACGCCCAGAAGAUGGAAAAUAAGGAUGCUAGAGACGGAGUUGGACCGGGAGUUAGCGGUGAAGACGGACUGAAUGGCGGAGCAGGACAAAGCGCGGGACACGUUCAAAUAAACUGUGACACUUUUCAUGGUGUAAAAUUGAGUAUAAUUGCACGUGGAGGCGAUGGAGCAGACGGCCAGAAUGGUGGCAAUGGAAUACCUGGAUCGGAUGGUAAAGACGGAGAGGACGCAAAGUUACGUCCGCCAGCUGAUGUCAACCAAAAUUUCAGUUACAUCCCCCUCACACUUCUCAAGUACUUUGUUCCGGUAUGGAGUGUAUAUGAGAUGUCACGUAGUGUCGUUAACUACUAUCAAGGUUCAGAAUACGCAAUCAAAUACUUAGAGAAGGGUGAAGAAGGAGAGCCAGGUAUCGCCGGCGGAUCUGGCGGAUCUGGUGGAAGUGGAGGUCAAGGCGGUUUCCGAGGUCAAAUCGACAUCCAGUGUCAAUCCGGGAAACACCUUUUCGAUCCAGUAGUGGCCGAAGAUGGAGACUCCGGUCAGAAUGGAACCCCAGGCAAAGGAGCAACAGGUGGAAAAGGAGGCCGGAAUGGAUGGGACGCGGCUCGAGUCUUCACUCCAAACGAUUUGAAUCCGUGGUUUUCCAAUACGGGAGACUGGGUGGAAGACAAGGGCAAUUUGUCGAUAGAAGACGUCCACUGUACCAGCAACAAUGCGGUUCUCGGAUGUAAAAUCGUGAAAAAAGACCAAGACAAAGGAGUAGCAGCCGAUGGCCAGCACGGACAAAACGGCCAACAAUCGCAGCGGAGCGAAAAGAACACGGCCGUACGCAAGAAAGCCAUGACCAGAGUGAAUGCCGAUUGGAAGAAGGAGGAAUCGACCGCCGCAUCACUGGCUUAUCUCGAGCAAUCCAUUCGUGCUGACGCCGCCUCCCUUCAAUCCGCUGAAGCUGCAGCCAAUCGGCACGAAGAAUUGUCAAAAAUCUCAGCGGAAAAUGAGAAACGUGUGAGAGCAGCCGCUGAAGAAGAAGAAGCCAACAAGCAAAAACUGAAACACGCCAAAGAGUUGGAACAGCGGAUUAAGAAGGAAUUUCAAAAGGCCAAAAAGAUGUGCACAGCUCAAUCGAUGCAAUCACAGCGGACGAAUAGAAUUACCGACCAACUUCCCAAUGAAACUAAAACAAAAGAAGAAGCUGAAGAAUUUGACUCCACCGAUAAUACAAUUCGGACGAUGCCGAUAACAUCCAGCGACGAGUGGGAUUCGCUUGAAGGCGUUCCAUUAUUGGAUGCUCUUAUUGACAAAUUCUCCGACGACACAGAAAAGUCUCAAACAUUAUCGAUGCUGACCCAGUCUUUGGUUUUGCAAAUCCGCCAACAAGAUUUGUGGGUUGAAGUGACGACUAUUGUCCGGCGUCACGUCGACUGCGUCGAUGAUUUGAUUCAGUCCCUCAAGUACAUCAAUCAAGAUAUCGAACUGGCGCAACUGUUUGUGUUCAACAAGGAAGAACAACACCUGAAUGACCUCCAACGAGCUGUUCAAGUUAAAACUUUGGGAUUUAACCUAUUUAACGAUGCCGAUAAUAAGAAGAGCACUUUGGCUACAAUUUAUUAUUUCCAACAAUUGGUUUGGACCUACGACGAACUUGUAACCUUAUUGAGGCCCCUGGAAAGUGUUUCUUCACCAGAAAAGAGCGAAUCGAAUGCUCGGAAACAACUGAUUGAUAUUCUCGGCAAUCGACUAGUUUCUAUUGUUGCAUCACAACUACCGGGCAUCAAUCAAGAAAAAGUUUUAACAAAUCUCCUACAGUGCUGCCAUCGCAACAGCCCAUCCCCUAUACUAUUCGGAACAUUUUUCAACAAUCUGGUGAGGGAAUUAACGACCAAUACAUCAUCCGAUCAAGAUAAGGAGACCACUUUGAACAAAUUUAUACAGGAGAAAUUGGCUGUUCGUCACGUGAAAGACUUGCUGCCGUCAGAAAUUAGAGCCAUCAGCAUAGAGCAACUGGAUAAGCUGGCUUUCUUACUUAACAACGUAAAAACUGAUGUCAAAGAUUUGGACGACAUCCGUUCGCGUGUCAUAACAUUAUUAGAAAAAGAUAAGGUUGAAGAGAAAGAAUCUUUCAAAUCAGUCUUAUUGCUGAUUGAAAAGGCAUUUGAACAGUUUUACUGGAAUCAUGAAUGGAACGAAAUUCAAAAAAUGUUGGUCAGAUUUAGAGAAAAGAUUCAGCGCCAAUCAACUGAUGCUGCGCCGAUUUCAAAAGAAGCUGCGAUGGAGAGAGACGCUUUUCAGGAUUCAGUGGAUCGACUCAAAGUUGCUCUUACGUGGACCUACUGCCGCAAAUCUUACCAAGAAAAGCUUGACAUUUGCAGCGAACUCAAAAAAAGAUUUCAGAAUACUGGUAGGAAGGAUUUAGUUAAAAUUGCCCUGAAAAAACAAUUUUCCAUGGAGAAAAUUGUCAGUUUCUUGCAAUCGAUCGAUUGGAUUAAGAAACGAGAGAUCGACAUCAUUGGCUCCUUCAAAGAUCAAGGCGAAAAAUCUGACAAGGCAUCCUUCGUGGAGUUUGUCGAACGACUUUUGGAAGUGGAACCGAAAAAAGUUGACGUCGAUUUGAUGAGGCCGCAACUUCAAAGAGCCCUGCACUUUCUCCAUCACAAUCGAAUCGUCUCAUUUACGGCAGCUGAAGUAACUUUAUUAAAUAAGUUAUUUGAUAAAAGCCGUUUUGGUCUUGUUCGAGACGAUUCCUUCUGUCGAGACGAGGCCGACUUGCGAGCAGAAUAUUUUCUCAACUGGAAAGAGCGUUACUUUUUGCGCUGGACAGACUGCUACGCUGAAAUCGAUCGGAUUCGGAAGAAACUCCGUGAAAAUUGGAAGGAAAACUGUAUCAACGCGGACCUGGUUGCCGAACCAACCAAAGUUAUCCGACAGAUGGACGUGCUCCUGAACAGGUACAAAUUUCUUACCAGUCUGUUCUUGUCGCCAACAGAAUCUGUCAAGCAAUGGCAGUCUCUUAGUGAAGAGCCACCUGAAAACUUGGAGCAGCUCAUCAAAACGCGAAUAUGGCAAGAUUUCUCGCAAAUUUUCAGACAACUCACGAAUGAUGUCGUGACGCAAAUCAAACAACUUUCAAUUGCUCUAAAGCUAGGUAGCGCUAAUCAAAUUCAGCAGAUUACUCCCGAAAACUAUCAGCAAUCAGAAAAGAACCUGCUGCAAGUAUUGGAUUCACUCGUGACUGUUGCUGCACAAUGUGAGGGAUCAGAAAAUGAAAAGCGUCUCUCCACUUUCUUACCCGAUGUGGAAUUGCUGAUUCUAUGCCAAGUCGAGCUGGACGGCAGUGACCCAGCACGGACGUCCAACAUCGUCUCUCAACUUGAAGAUUGGAAGGAAACAAUCAACCUGAUGGGAAAGCACCGAACUAGCAUCGAAAACCCAAAAGACGAUAUUUGCAAGAGCUUAUCAAAAAUGCUGCACCUCGUUCUUUGGUCCGUCACUGACGAUGAGUAUUUAAUUGAAGAGCUGACUUACAAAGAUCAAGAGAAUCGACAAGAUGUGGAAAGAGCAAUUGCUUCACUUGAAUCUUUUGUUGGCCACUUGUUUAUGGCCAAUGAAAUUGAAAAAUUGGACACCUGCAGAGCGACCGUCCUCGUCUUGAAAGACGGAGAAGACCUUAGCCCUUGGCGUCUCGCCUUUGACAAAAAACAGGAUCAACAAUUAUUGGUGGAUAAGCAGAUUGACAUUUGGCAAGAAUGUGUUUCGGAGAAAAAAUUUCAUUUGCCGAAAAUGGACAGUUGGAAAGAAAAAUUUCAGAAGAAAAAAGUUUCUUCCAAUAGCAAGAGCGCUGCUGUAUUUGAGGAGGUGCUUUUAACUACGUCGUCUCAUUCGAUCCUUCAACUGCGAUUGGCUGUUGUGACCCAAAUUUUGGAUCAGCAUAUGAAACCUCUGGAAGAUGUGGCCAGCAUGCUGGAACGUUGGUCUGGACUAGUAGCAACAAUUUCGACUUGGUCGGAAGUCCAAACUCAUGAAGAAAUAACCAGUCGGCUGGUAGCUGUUGAAAUCUGCCUCAUUCGUCACCUUGCAGCAUUCAUAGGACGACGGCUUAAGCAGAAAAAAGUGAAAAAGUCCAUUGAAUUCAAUUUCAAGGAGAUAAUUAAUCAAUUGAGUGUCGCUGCCCAUUUUCUCGGUCAAUCUGAGGUUCAAGCCAAACUUCUCGUUUUUGGUGGCCUAAUGCACUUGGCAAAAACCAGCAGCACGGAUACAGUUAUAGACGAACUAAAUCCAUUGCAUUUCGUGGCCCAAUACAUUCGACACUUGUAUAGUGACAAAGGGGCGAUCAAAAGUUACGGACUAAAAAAGAAAACUAUUAUCCAAGUUCUUUAUUCCAACGAUGGCAGGAAUCAACAGCAAGAGCCAGUUUUCACUACUCUGGAAAAGGCUUACGUAGAGCGUUGGCUUCAGACCAAGUCCUGCUUCCAAAGCAACGACCGUAUCCGGGAUCUCUAUGACCAAAUUCAAUCCGUUAAAAAGGGAGCAGCAAAGACGAAAGAAAAUCGCCUUUUUUCUUCGGUUGGAUUCGAAUUAUUUACCAGAGAAGAGAAGAGGUACAUUGUCAUUGUAGGCAGAGAUGUCGCAGAGGAGUUGCUACGAACCCAACAGCCUUUGUCUUACAUGCAUGUUUUGAAAGAGAGGGCAGUACAAAAGAUCUACCAAAGCUUUUUAAAACACUUUUAUCCGGAACAGAGUACAGAACUUCUAGAUCGUCAACCCAGCACCGCAGAGGCACGGAACCCAAAGUCAAAUGAGCCGAUGGAUCCGCAUGACAAGCAAAAUUGCAUUGACGAAUUCCAGCGAGCAUUCAAUAGAGCUCACUUCUUCGCCAAACGAGAAGGUGUGGAAUUCGAGUGGCUCAUUUGGUUGCAAGAAACCGUGUUGAGGUCCAUCGUAUCAACGCGGGACCAAGUGGGAUUGGCUCUGGUAACCGAAAUCCUUUUGUCCUCAAUCGAGUUCACACCCGAGCAACUUUUCAGUUGGACGACGAUGAGCCGACCCCACCGAUGGAUCGACGACGCCUUGGUCAAUUCCAUCAUCAACGCCACAGCCCAGUUGAAGACAAAACCGCCGACAAGAAAUGCUGCUGGUGGCAAUCAACUAAUAGAUUCGCUCAAGUCUGAUUUGCAAUGUUGCUUGAAAUCCCAUCAACAGAAAGGAAGGACCGUACUCAAAAUUUUCCUUCGCAAGUUGGAACAAGAGGCUAAGCAGAAUUCGGCGGGUGAUCCCAUCGAUUUGUCAUUCGUGACUAGAAUCGUUGCCGAAAUAAAAGCUCUACAACGCAUCGACGACAUUGGACGAUUCCAGGAAACUUCUCUCAGGCAAUGGAUGAGGCUGAUUCGGCACGCCCGUCUUGCCGACGAUUGGCCGUCUUCUUUGACUGAUCAAUUGACGACUAUCCUCGAUCGACGCUUGGGCCAUGACAAAACCGACCGUUUCCUCCAGCGGUUCAAUUCAAAAUUUAGUGAAAUUCUGUCAGGAAAUGCGAGCAAUGAACGGAACCACGAAAAGAUUUUGGACGAUAUGCUCAAGAACCUAUCCAAAUACCCGUGGGUUGUUGAUCAGUUUUUUGCCUUGGCAAACGAAGAAGUUGGUCAACAGGACGACCACCUAUGGGAAUUCAUUCAAAAUCGGACACUAAUUGAAAUGGACAAGGAAAAUGCUUCGAAAGCUAAUUUAGACGCCAGCCAAAUCAUCAACAUGAUGAAGAACGACAUUAGCAGUAGCGCCAUCGUUGGUGGCCUCCAACAACAAAAAAAGCUCAUCGAACAGGUGAAAGAAAUCCAACGUUUAGCAUUGGAAGAGCGGAAGUCGUGGGAUAACCCCAAAAUCAAAGAAUGGAGUGAAAAUCGAAAGAAAGUUUCAAAAUCCGUACGACUGGAUCCUGCCGAUUUCUUGUCCGUCGCUUUCCGGGCUGUCAAAUUAAAAGAAAAACAUCAUUUGCGCGACGCUCAACUUUUGGCAAUUUUGAUCUUCGUCUCUUCGGCUAACCAGCAAAGUGGAUCUCAAAUCGGACGUAGAAUGGCCCAGAUUUCGACUGGCGAAGGGAAAACGCUCAUCACUGCCUUAUUGGUUGUGUAUCACGUGCUGGACAACUGGUCCAACGGCCGGCGUUUCGUCGACAUCAUCACCAGCUCGUCGGUUUUAGCCGAGGAAAAUGUGAAAGAGAUGCAAUGGUUCUUUGACCUUUUUGGGAUUGUGGUGGCGAACAACUGCGAUGCAGCUUGCACCGAGGACGAGAGCCUUCGCUGUAAACGUUACAACAGUGACGUCAUUUACGGCGACAUGUCCAGCUUCCAGCGCGACAUCUUGUUAAGCAAUUUCUUCUCCGAACGAAAAAUCACCGGCGGUCGAAAAACUGGAGCCAUCGUCGUCGACGAGGUUGACAGUAUGCUACUAGACAAGGGUGAAAACAUCCUCUACUUGUCGCACAAAAUACCAGAAAUGGACGAUCUGACCCAGGUGUUUGUGGAAAUUUGGAAUGCCGUUCACGCACCUGACGUGGCCAUGAGCGAUGAGAGCGCCCAAGCCAAAGUCUACCGUUACAUGAAAUUGCGACUAGAAGAAGGUGAAAUUGCGAUCCCGAAAUGUCUGGACACUUAUGUCCAUCGCCAUCUUUUGGCAUGGACGCGCAACGCUUUCCGUGCCAAAAACCUGGUGACGACCAAAGAUUCCUACAAAGUGGACGAUGUCGGCGACGGCCGUGGCCAACAGAUUGUCAUUAUGGACAAAGAGACGGGCGUGGAACAGGCCUCAAUGCACUGGUCACAAGGGCUACACCAAUUCAUCCAGCUGAAACACACCCUCAAACUGAGUCCAGUCUCACUGAAAGCCGUUUUCAUGUCCAACAUUGGCUUCUUCAAACAGCACGAAAGAGCGGCCCUGUACGGCAUGACGGGCACACUGGGCUCGACCGCCGAAUGCCAGUUGCUCCACGACGUCUUCAACGUCGAUUUCUUCAAGAUGCCACGAUUCAAGCGACGCUUCUGCCUCGAGGAAGAUCCCCUUUUGGCUUCUUCCAAAGGUAAAUGGUUGACAAACAUCAACAAAGCGACUCAGACUCAACUGGAUCAGGGGCGAGCUGUUCUGAUUGUCUGCGAGAACAUUGCAGCAGCCGAAGCAAUCUACUCAAAGCUACUACAAAGCGAUGACAAGACAAAGGCGUCCAAGAUUGUGAAGUACGUAAGUUCCUUUGACACAGAGUUUCAGACGAAGCAACGCAAUACAGCGUUGGGUCCUGGUGACGUGAUUGUGGCUACCAACUUGGCCGGACGGGGAACAGAUUUUAAAAUCAAUGAGCAACUGGCCAAAAACGGUGGCCUGCAUGUCGUCAUCGCUUACAUGCCGCCAAACGCUCGAGUCGAGGCCCAAAUUGAAGGACGAGUAGCAAGAGCCGGGCAACCGGGCAGCUUUCAAUUUGUCCUUUGCCAUUCCAGCGUCAAGAGCAAAGAGGAUUCGAUAUCUGAGCUCCUUCGACUCAAAGUGAAACGAGACGAUAAAGAAUGUCGCCGAUUGGAAACGAUUCGCAACCGUGGACUUGAAAAGAUUUACCUGGAGGAGAAGCUCUUUGAUCGAUUCCAUCAAGAAAUUUACAACAAAAUGAAAAAAGAAUUGGAUACCAGCCCCGACUGCGAAAUGCAGAUGAAAUUUUUGACAAAUCGCUGGGCAUUGUGGCUCGACGAGAACGCCGAGCACAUCAACAACGUUCACCUGAAAAAGACUGAUAAUGUGGUCGAGAAGAAUUUUCAAAAUUUCAAGAAAGAAUGUCAGGGCCUUCGCCUUCUUCCCCUUGCAUUCGCACUGACACCAUCGGAGCUAAUGUUGCUGGGUGAUUUCUACGAAACUUCUCCAAAAGUAAAAACUGAUGUAACCAAAAGUGGCUUGUGCUAUGAUAAGGUCAUAAAAGAUGAACCCAAUGCCUGUGAAGGCGCCUUGAUCCGAAAGGCUAAACUGAUAUUGCAGGAGGCCACUUUAGAUCAAAAGAAAGAAGCAAAAGUUUUAUUGAAACGAGUCAAGACUUUGAUCAAACAGAAAAUGGAGUUCCUAACGUCCACGAGCGAACUUGUCAAACUAACAUCCCAGGCGAAUCAGAGAGCCGGCGGUGCAGUCCCGAGCGAAAAUCGUUUCGAAGAACAAAUCACCAACCAGUUGAGUCUUUUACAAAUUCAUUUGACGGCGGUGGAGGACAUUCUCGGCCGACCAGUUCGUCAGGUGCUGGGCAUGCAGUUCCAGAAAGAAGAAGAAUUCCGUGAAUUGUUAAAUGUCAUCGAAGCAAGGGCAGACCUAUGCAAACCGUAUCGCUUGUCCAAGAAAAUUAAUUUCUUCAAAACAGACAGCGGUGAUGAAACCAUUUGUAUCAAAAUAAACCACCAGACUCAAAAGACUGUCAAAUGGCCGUCAUGUCUGGACCACUGCCAGACGCAAACCAUUCACCUCUUCAAGGCCAAACACCAAAAGAAAUCUUACGCAAUCGAGAAAACGGAACUGGAAAGUGUCAUCGUGACGAGAGAUCAAUUGUGGGAAACGCUUAUUGAAGAAGGAUUCGUCGGUCAAGAGGAAAUUAUUCAGCAACAAAUCAUUCGUUGGGCGGACCAACAGGUGGACGAUUCAUCAGCCAAGAAACUACUGGACAAUUUACCUAAAGAACUGAUUGGUUACAAUGGCCUCCUGGUGAAUUGGCUUCAAAGUCACGAGGGCGAAGACUAUGCAACAGCAGUGGGGACAUUGGGACUCGGCCCUGAACAUUCGACUAUACUAGAAGAAUUUUUGAAAACCAACAAGAUCCUGUUGUACGUGGAUGAACGCCAUGGGAAACUUUUGAAGACGCUAAACUUCAAAUCCGAUACCAAUCUACCAGAAAAACUGAGAAAACAUUACUGUCUCUUGUCAGCCUGGACACUAUCAGUCGACGGAGCUCGAAUGGAAAUCGACGACGACGUGUCUAGAGAAGAUCUUCCGUGCCCGAAGGACAGUAGGGAAGCAGUCGACCAAUUAUGGAAUUACCUGAUCGAGCAGGGCGUCAUCAAAGAAAGCAAAAUCGUAUUCUCUCAUGGACUGAGAUCCGACAAGGAUAAAAUUGAAGAGCGGAAAAAUCAGAUAAAAACAACUCUCGAUACCUCAGCAUUGUCCUCUGUGAUUGAUGACAUUUGUCGGAAACAUCGCCCUGCCCCAGAACCCGUGACUGAAGUGUCCUACACCGAUAUCCCAGCUUACUUGGCCGAUAAUAAGAUGUCGUCCGUUGUCACUGCCUUGGAAUUCAUGAAUCCAUAUGCUGAUGAGAGAAAACUGGUGAAAAUAACUGAUCGUGAAAAGGAAAACAUGAAAAAAUGGAAAACAGAGCAACAGACGAAGCAACAUCUGGAUGCUUACCGCGCCGAAGUGAAUAUGGCCUUGGAAAAAAGCAUCGGGCAACUCAAGACCAUUCCGAGGGUGACGGCCUCUUUCCAGCCAUUGUCCAAGUAUUUCAUGUCUGAUCCAAAUACGAAACGUUUCCCGGCCGAAGAGAUUCAGAGCUUCCAAGACAAGACGUUCGACGGGGUCAUCACCUUGAAGGCCGUUCAAUCAUGGGGGGAUUAUUGGGAUUGGCGAGUUUUCUUCGUCACCAUGAUCGCCGCUGCGCAAAUCUCAGCUGGCGCAGCCGUAAUUGCGUUAUCCGGUGGAACUAUGUCUGUUUUAGGUGGAGCGUUAAUAGCCGAAGGUGUCGGAGAUAUGAUGUUCGCCAUCCAGAACGGCGUGUCUGGCACUUUUAGCUGGUCAAGUUACGGCUCGCACAAGUUGUGGAGCGUUGGUGUGACUAUUCUCACUGCUGGAUUAAGUUCCUAUUUGACUAAAGGAGCGAUUGCGGGCAAGGCGGCUAUGACCGGUUUCCAGGGUAGAGCAGGAUUAUCCCUCUUCUUUGCCGCAGCCAAAAAAGCGCUGGCCAAAUGCGGCAAAGCCAUCCUCUCGUAUUUGACCAGUUUGGGUGUCGACAAGUUUCUCACCUGGCUCAAAACAUUCAUCAUCGAAAACAUCAUUGUUCACAUCAAGUUCCUUAUCAGCAAACUGUUGUACCCGUUGUUUGACACAUUAGCGGCGAAGCUGGAGAAAAUAUGGACAUUGAUGAAGAAACUGGGACGACAAGCGGGCGAGGCCAUCGGAUUGAUUAAUGCCGACCUGGAUAAAGCUAGCACUUCAGACUUGAGUACACUUUGGGGCCGGCGUGUUGUCGGCCAAGUUACUUCGUUAACCAGUUCCAUCGGCGGUUGUUUCGCCGAGUCAGGGGAUGUUUGGAAAGCUCAGGGCACAGAAGAAUUUAAAGCGAACGAUGCGGUAGGAUUGAACAGCAAGAAAACAUCUUUCAACUUCGUCGAGUACGCCAAAAAAGCCACGACAAUCGUCAAAUAUCUGAAAAACGGAGCAGAAAUUCUUGGUCUCGUCAGCUACGCUCCAGAAUACGUCAACAAUGUCAACCAGACGCUGGAUGCAAAGAUAAGAAAGCUAGAGGAUGAGAUUGAGAUUGAAGAGGAGAAAAAGAAAUCCACUGCUGCAGUCCAAUACCAUCAAAUAAUAACAAGUGACAGUGAAAGUUUCGAAUCGGAGGAUGAAGUGGAAUCUGACGAUGACGAUGCGACUGAAUCUACUAUGCUCAGUACUGCUGCAACGGAGAGGAGUACCUUUAACGAGUUCAAGGAAAAAGUCAAGGGACGAGUUGAAGGAGACAUUUCCAAGUACAUGGUUGACAGCGUCACAAGAGCCUGGGUUCAACCGUGGCUCCAAAGCAAAAUUGAAGGCAUGGUCGAGCACUAUGGUAAAAAAAACUUUUCAGGCAAUCGGCUCAAUGUGGCAGGGCUCAGGAACGGGCAAUUCUGCUGACCAGGGAAACAAUAAAGGGGACCAGCAAACGGCCAAUGCAGAGAAUGCGGAGGCCGAUGCCGAGAAACUCAAAGAUUCGCUCGGUGAGGACGGGUGUGAAAUCCAAAAGGAUCGCAAUGGCAAUGCCGUUGUCGAACCAAAAACAUACGAAGAAGUGGUCGACGGCAUAGGCAGUGGUAAAACAGCCGGCCUUCUUGAAAUGCAAAUGAUUGCCGAUGCCCUGAAUUGCAAACUUGAAAUCGUCGACACAGUGGGUGACUUUGCGAAGAACGGAAAUGGAUCCUUCGAAAUCGAUCCGGAAGGUAAGGCGACUGGAACCAUUCAAGUCAAGUACACUGCCAACGAAGACGGUACCAAACACGUCACCUUAAUCGGACCUGAUGGGAAAGAAAUUGAAAUACCGCCCGCAGUUGACGCCAACGGCAAGCCUGCCCCACCCAACAGAUGCCUUUACGAUGCUGUCGCCAAAUCCCAGAAUUGUUCGACUGAUCAGCUGUUAGGUCGAGUUAAAACCCACGCCACUGGCAACAAAAUGGCUCGUUAUUUGUACGACGAAAAAGUGGGCGAAGCUUGUCCGGGAUUAAGAGUCGGCAAUAGAACAACGAAAGAAGAUAGCAUUCCGGCUGAACUCUACCUUCAUCAUAACAAAACGGGUAGGGUGCGUACUUACGUAGCAACCAUAACGAAAGAGAAUAUCGGUGGUGGCAGUAAUGUUACCAUAACCAUGUACAAAGCAUUGGACAAUGCAGGAAGAAAGGGAGAAACCAAUACGACGGCUGAUGAGAAUAAUACAGAUCAAAAUGAACAGCAGAAAUAUCAUGCUGGACACGUAAUUGCCUUUAUAUUGGGUGGAAAAGGUGGCCUAAAAGAAAACGUAGUAAAUAUGGCGGCUGAACUCAAUUUGGGACCAUACAAGGAAUUAGAAACUGAAUUGCGCAAAUUCGUCGAAGUUUCGAAUGGUCCGGUCCACAUCAAUAUUGACAUAGACGAAGGCAUCCCAACUAACAAAGUCAAACCCUUGACUCCCGCUAAUUUUCGUAUCCGUUGGUCUUCGGAUGAUGGAAAGACGGUCUACAGAAGCCCUCUAUUGAAGAACACGAAAGAUGGUGUAAAAGAAUACAGAGAUACGCCCAGAGCUGAACGAAAUGAAUAUUUUCAGGGGGAUCAUUUUGAGAAUCUACGGAGUCAACAGAAACUUGUUGAUAACAAUCCCAAACCUUCUAAAAAACCGAUCUUAGUGGCUCAGCCGGGAGUAAAGCCAAACGUCACCGAUACCCGGUCCGACACAAAAGUAGGUGCACAAACCGGUCCCCAGUCUAUUUACUUCCCCGGGACCGAAAACAUGAUAAAAACAGAGUUCAAAGCAUCGUUGCUGCGUUCAAAAAAAAAAUGUCCGCCUGUUAACACGACCAAAUCAAAUUCAGGAAACAAAACUAAGCCUAUUGGUGCUGCUUCAACAUCAGAUGAAUCGCUUAUGGCAACUCCACAGAAACGACGCGACAUGCCUACAGCGGAAGAUGAGAGUAAAAAGGCUUCAACAGUAGCCAAUCAAUAAUCAUUCCCAUUUCC